AACGGCACCCGACACCCCACGCCGUAUUAAGAACAUUCACCGCAUCCGCGGUAACAUGGUUUCCAGUUCCAACAAGGUAUAUCGCCGAGUAUUCCGAGCUGGCGCGAGUGCGCGAGUACGUGUUCAUGGUGUCCGCGAUCCGCGCAAGCGAGAUAAAGAGGGAGAGAAAGAGAGAGAGAGAUAAAGAGCGAGAUCGAUUUCAGUCGCUAUCAAUCUAAAUGCAAGUGUUCGGUCUAAACGUUACGGCGAUUUUUUUUUUCGCGAAACCGAUACUGGUGCCCGUGGGAAAGUGCACGCCUUGGCGAACGGUUGCACGCGAUGUUUCGCCCAUACGUCCUCAAGAUUUAUUCCGAGAAAACGCUUUAGGACGCGAAAUGCCGUAGAGUGACAAGUGCAUCAUUAUGUGAACGUGAACACGUAUUACGAAAAUGACGCCAUGGCUGAUGGCAUUCUUCUGCCUGGCGACCGCUGGCUGCUCGAACGUCACGGACCAGCAAACAUCGGAAACGCAUCAUGAUCACCAAGUGGCGAUCUUGAAGCAAAUCAGAAAGGUGAACGAAGACGGCUCUUACACGUACGGAUAUGAAGCCGGCGAUGGAUCAUUCAAGGUCGAGAGUCGCGAUGUUUUGGGCAACAUUAAAGGCACGUUCGGUUUCGUCGACGCCGACGGCGAGAUAAAGAGGGUCUCGUACUCCUCGUCGAACGGGACGGGUUUUAAAGCAACGACCAUGUCGCCAUUGCAGGAACACGUAUCGGUCGUGCAAAGUAUACCGCGUAUCAAUCGUACGUCAACCACGAGAAAACCGAACAUCGUGUACGCCACGACGACGGAAUCGCCGACCAGGGCGUCAGUGGUGCAGUCGAUUCCUCGAACGAGGAAGACUACUACUACAGGUACCACCACGACGACCACAAGCACCACUACUACAGAGGCGCCGAAAACGAUAUUCGGACACUACUUAAAAGGCACACCGAAGAGCAGGCCGCGUUUCGUCAUAAAUGGCCAACAGAGGCCGAUCGUCAUAGAGGAAGGCCCCGAAGACGAAGAUUCGCAGAUCAAUCGUCCCAGUACGGAUGACAAGAGCGGCGCCUAUCGAAGAAUCAUCUUUGCUAAACGGCCGAUCGAACACAGUCUCCCGCCGAUCUCCGAAGACUUCGUGGAGAAGGAGGAUGACGCGAAAAUUACGACGGGGAAUACUUUGAGGAGACAAUUGCACGACGAGACAACCAAGUCGAGUUCCAUCACCGAUGACAGCGAUGAUCAUUCCGACGUUUACGGUGGUUCCCUGUCCACGACGCGUCCUCUGUUCACCACGACGGCUCCAUCGCGGGUUCUCCAGAGAGUUUCCAGUACUCCGCGCACAGAGCGGCCAAAGUUCUACGUUAAUCGUCAAGAGAACUUGGGAGCGGGUGGUCGAUUUGACAAUCCGAAGUACGAAGAUUCACGGAUCUACGAGACGGACACGAAACCCACCCAGGAAGAGCGCACGUCGACCCAACAGAUCCUGCUUCGCACUUCUACCGCCAGGAUACCGACGGAGACCCGGGACUAUGUCAGACAGUCCACCGAGCCUGUCUUCCUGAGACAGCAGCCCGAGCAGUAUCUGCCGUCUAGAAUACUCGUCCAGUCUCAACAGGGCAAUCUCGAGGAGGACGGAGGCGUCUUCAGAGGGAUACCGAUCGGCAGGCUCUUGCUACGGCCCCCGUCGAAUCACCAGCCGGUCUACUCGACCACGACGGACGCCAAUGUUCACUACCUGACGGAGAACCCCGUGCCCGAUCCCGAGGAUGAGGCGCGGAUCGCAAUGAAUAUGAAUUAUAUGCGUUCGCGUCCCGUGCGGCCGCUGAUCUACCCGGAACCCGAGCAGAGAGCACGUCCGGUCUUGCGGCCGAUUCCGAGUACGGUAACUCACCCUGACGAGAGGGACUAUCAAGCAACCACGCCCGAGUAUCCUUUCCGGGCUGGCGCACUGGCACUACCUCCGGAGCCACCAAAUCCGAUCGCGCCGCCUCUGAGCCGACGAGACUUUCAGGUAUUGCUGAGGAGACUGCUGGUCAGCCAGUAUGGCGUGCAAGCCCUGUCAUAUCCAAAGAGCUUCCUCGAAGAUGCCUUGUACGAUCAGCAGCCGUAUCCUUCGUAUCCGGCGGGCUACCAGGCGCCACUUCCGAGACCCGAACUCGCGUACGAUCAACAGGCGCAGUACGGCGACCGAGUGCCCCUGAGACGUCCAGUGUACCCCCGAGCACUGAGCCCGCUUUAUCACCCUCAGUAUGACGAUUAUCACGACAGAUAUCCCAAGAGAGUAUACAGGCAGAAAUUCUACACGCAGGACGUAGCCGACGAGGGCGAUGAGAUUCUGCCGGCGACCAUCAGGGAAGCCCUGCUGCUGCGAAUGGUGAAUCUGGCGAUCAACACCGAACGCUCGACGAUGGUCCCGAUUACCACGACGCCGGCGUCGAGAUACAGAAAGACCGGUCCGGUUAGGAGCGUGCAGAUUAUUACGGACGACGACGAGGAAGACAAGGACUUGAGGAAGAAGAUGUAACGACGACGACGACUGGAGUUAGAAGUAGUUAGGAAUUACGAAGAAGUAUUACUCAUUUCACGUAUAAUAUGUGAGUUAAAUUAUUGUAGAAUUUUAACUAAUUGUUACGGUUUCCUCUCUUUUUUUACAAGACGAGAGAAACUCGGCGGAAGUUAAUUUUGCUCUCAGCAAUAUAUUUUUAGAGAUACGUCAUUUCUACCAUUAUUAAUUGUCCUGUAACGAAUGUCGAAUUCUCACGAUAGCGAUAUUUAAACAUGACGAAGCGGAUUACGUCAACGGUAACCUUUUUUUUCGUACUGAACGGAUAUGUCCAUCCAGCGUGUAAGAACCAAUGUCUCGCACGCAACGGACGCAUUCGUCGUUAAUGAAUCGAAUCGGUUUCGCGAAAGGGAAAUCGUUGCUGCGCAGCCCGACCGAUUUUCUGCACGAUAGCUUCCCAGCGCUUGUUGACGCGCAUAUUUACAUGCGCUAGCGUAGGUGCAUCAGUGUAUGACCGACCAAGAAAUAUUGUUAGGUAAUUAAAUUUCUUUCUUAAGUAAAGAUAUUAUUUUCUCAUACACUUAUCUGCCGGGUAUCGCAUGCAAUUUUUCUCACGCCGCCAGGAUUUACGUCGAAAUCGUCUUGUCGUUUAGAAUUAACAAUGAGGGAAGAAUGUUGAAACAACGAAAUCGGCGAAUAACAUUUCACUUGAUAACAGCUUUAAUUUACAAUUACACGCUAAUUACAUGACGAUAACUGCAAUUAAAUUCGUGGCAUUAAAAAAUACAUACAUCUUCCUUAACGCGAUCCCUUGGAAACAUUCGGCAGUUAUUGAUGAGCGAUCGAUCACUGAUGCAUCUACUCUGAGCGAUUACUCGAAAGAAAUCUUACGAGAUCUCCCCCCCCCCCCGUUAAAAGCGACGAACAGCACCGGCGAAAGCUCUAGAUCCUAAGGCAUCUCUAGCGUACUCCCUGCUUACGACUGUAAAUACGGCGUUACGUAAGAGACUAGUGUGAUAUAUACGCAUCGAAAUAAAGAAAGAGUCGGACGGUAGACGCCAAGGCGUUGUGUGAGAACUCAUUUCAUAAGUCCCUGAGAGUCGGCGUUACCGGGAAAGAAUAGUAACGCGUCUACUGCCGGUAAUUAGCGUCGCGCAUUGCGACAUUCCUGCCUGGUCGGGUCUUACGCGCGAAUAUGCGGCCGAGGGCGUAGAUCAUGAGAUCUCGCGCGUGAUUUCCGCGCAUUUGGAGAGCCCGCCUGUUGUCUUGCGAGCGAAUUUCUUUGUCGAAAAAAGGAAAAAAAAACGCGUUACGCGCGACACACGACGCGAAUAUCUCACGCGUGUAUCCGAACGGCACGUGAGAAGCGGAACAAUCGCCGCGCGGUGAACGGUCGAUUUGCACAAGUGGCGACACGGCAAAAGGCGAAUUGGAUGUUAAAACCAUAAACGGGAACGAACUCAUUAAUGGCACGUGAAUUAUCGAUUCGCCGGACGAGAGGGAUUCAAGUAAUUCACUUCGCCUAGCGAAUCAAUAAUUCACAUCCUACCAACGCGACCGACAAGGUCAAUUAAAGUAAUUGACUUGGAUCAGCCGUUGCUGAUUGUCCGCUGAUGAUUGGCUGCGAGUAAUUAUAUUGACAUUGCAUUUGCGGACGAGAAGGCUAAACAGCCUAUUCCAAGACUCCCCGAGCUUUGUUUAUAUAAAGCACAAAAGCGUGUCAAUUAUCGACAAGUUGGGCACAUACGAAUGGGUAAACGCCAUGCUGACAUUCACAACGUUCUGCUCGAGAAUGUCGAUCGAGCGAGAUUCCGAAGGCGGAAAGUAGCGUGCGGGAUAGUUCGAUUCACGGCGAACGGCAGGCCAUUUUCCGCCAGGCACUCUAAAGAGUGUCCUGAUUUUUCCGCGCCCGCGCCGGAUAUGCACGCCUGCAUUUGAAAGGCUGUCGUUAGGACGCAGGGACACUCACCAGCGCGGGCAGCGGUCUUGCACAUGCUUCCGGUAUUCCGUGUAUGCGUCAGCUACAAUGGCGUAGGUGCAUUUUCGCGAUAUGGGAGCAUGCGGCACCGAUAAGGACAUACGGGGCCUCCCGUAAGAUUAUCUAAUUAGAGCGUCGUCGCGUCGGCCGCGCCGGCCUGUCUCUCACUCUUUCUCCGCAGGUAGAAAGUCGCGGAGGGCACACGGUGUCUCGCAGAAACGCGCGUAAUGCAUAGAUUUGUAUGCAACGAGCUAGGAAAUAACGCGAGCGGAGAGAAUCGCGGCGCGGUGUCCCGAUGAGGCGAAGCCGCCUCAACAAUAGUCGAAAGCGAGUAACGCGAGACAAAGCGACGCUCAUCUGACAUUUGUCCUGUCAUGUUCCUCGAAUUUCCAGCGCGCGUCGACAUUUUUAUCAGCUACCGACUUUCUACGAGUCGAAUUAUAUCAGUCGGCGGAUCUACUUGUUAUUAUUCACGGCAUUGUUUCGCAACUCGAUUUUAUCUCGAGCAGCCCCAGUGUUCGAAUUUUAAUUGUGAAAUUCAACGGCAAAUCGUAAUAGCGACAUUAUUUCCUACAAGAG